AACAGUAGUUUCACGAAUUGUCAGUUGACCGCUAUUCCUACUUGUUUUACUUAUUUCCUGAGACUACCCCUUUCAUUGUUAUCUAAUCCAUCACGAAUAAUGCGUUCUUCAUCAAUAUUUUAUUGACUAUAGAGCGCACGCCAAAGGUUGCCAACGUACAUUCCAGGUGAAAUUCUGCUGCUUAUUUCCCCGUCGUUGGAGAAAAAGGGAGCCUUGCUGGAGAUUAUAUGAUCGCACGCAGCUGGCGCACUCUUGUGUUACUCUCGGUACUGUAAUUACAGCCCCGAGGUAAUGCGCGGCACGAAUAGAGCAAACGCCGAACAGCUGUUGUGAACCGAUAUAACUACUGCCUAGUCAGCUCAGGCCCUGCCAUUUCGCAUCAGACGGCCAACUACAAAGGAGCACAACAAACACUCACAGAAGAGAAAGGAGGAAUCUUAUUCUACUCGCUCAAUGUGAUUAUGUCUCUAGCUAGGGAUGGCUUGGAACUAAGGUAACCAUGAUCCGGUCAUAAGCUGAUAAAAGAAAAAUAGGGAAAAAGACACUGUUUUCAUCAGGCAGUCAAGAUUCUGUCAGAGGUUUUUAUGAAGAAAGAAGAACGAUAUUGUUUUCGGAACCUUUUUGACAAGAAUUCAGCUUAACGUCACAAAGAACCUCUCAUGGAAAAUAAUUGCUUUUUGAACCGUUUAUGAGGAGAUUCUACCUCUAUGGACGAAGUUCCUGUUGGAGUAUGUGUAUAAUCCAGGGUAUAACUCUGCUAGAGGGUAAUAGGGUAUCAUAUAAUACAAGACGGAGAAAGGCUUGGUCGUGGCCCAUUUAGGGCGUGUUUGACUUUUUGUAGACUUGAAGAAAACACAGAACCGACACAGAACCUCCCCGGAAAUCAUUUCAUUAAAAGGUGACUUUUUUCUGAGGUAUUGGAAUACCAUUCUAAGUGAUCGUUUGUUCCCUGUGUGGGGUUGAUUCGAUGGAUUGUGUUUCUCGGGAAUCGUACCCCCAGUCUAGGCUGUCGGGUUGAAAACAGGAAGUCUGGAAAAUAAAAGAUCAAUAUCAUAUCAUAGGAACCACCUGUCAGACGCGAUACAAUCUUAUCAGAAGAAAGAAGAUCGAGAGACUAGUCAUGAACGAUACAAAAAUAGGCUGCAUCGACUGCUUCCCUGAGGGCAACGAACCCCACACCAGUCCAGGCCUGGUCCCUCUGUAUGAUACCUUCCCAGUGAUCAUCGCGGUCGGGGUGAUUAUCAUGAACAGCCUCGCUAUCGCGCUAGUAGUUCGUGUCCGUAAACUGCGCACCGUGACUAACACCAUCCUCGCGAGCCUCGCGGCGAGUGAUCUCAUGAUGGGAGUGUUAGGGAUUCCGCUGUACCUUUCGUGCGCGGCCACGUAUCACGCGAGUUUGUGCGUGUCGAGCGCGAUCAUCGUACGGUUUAUAUCCGUCUCCACGGUUCUCCACCACUGUCUUGUGGCUGUUGACAGACACUUGAGCGUGGAGCGUGCCAUGAGGUACCCACAGCUCGUUACUAAGCGACGUGUCACGUGCUCUGUACUUAUUAUAUGGGGCGUGGCACUCGUCGUGGCCGUUGUGCAGCUCUCGUGGUUCCCAAGUGAUGUGGACGUCACUGAGGACAUGAUCCACCGCAUCGCGCGGAUCACGGUGAUAUACGACAUAACGUGUCUUGUACUGUUUUUCGGUCUACCCCUAGCUGUGAUGGUAUAUGCGUACGCGCGACUCUUCGUGGUUCUGCGUGGACAGUUGCGCGCGAUCUCGCGUGACAGCUUGCCAGUAUGUGGGCGCAACACGCAAAGUCAGCGCGAGUGGCGGGCACUGCUAAUCUUGUCAAGCAUGGUAGCUGUGUACGUAAUUGGCUACGUCCCAUACUUCCUCCUUAACAUCCAACACCAAAUAGGCAACGAGUUCUUCACGCUACCCGAAUGGGUCGAGUACCUGUUCUUCUACUACCCGAGACUACUUGUGUCACUCGUUAACCCGCUGCUCUACAUGUUUGGCAAGCAGGACUUUAGAAAGGCACUCGUUAAAGGGAGGUUGUGGCGGCGUGGACCCUCAUUAAGGCGACCGUCCAGGGAUGCGAACCUGCUUACACCGUUCACCAGGAGUACGCGUACUCGCAGUACGGAGUUGAUGUCCCUCACGGCAAGACUGAGCAGGACGCUCACUCCGAUAGACUUCCUCCUGCACAGAGACAGCUACAGCCCACGGGACACACCCGACGACGGAACCCGUCUUGGCCCCGAUACUAUAGCAGUGCAAGGGACCCGAUAGUCCCCCGAAAUUCGGACAUAUCAGCAGAAUAAGGGGCCCGAAGUCCAGACAUACCAGCAGUAGAAAGGGCCUGAAAUUCUUAUGAGCCAGCAGUAGAAGGGGCCUGAAAUUCGUAUAAGCCAGCAGUAACAAAGGGCCUGAAAUUCGUAUGAGCCAGCAGCAGAAGAGGCGCAAAAUUCGUAUGAGCCAGCAGUAGAAGGGGCGCGAAAUUCGUAUGAGCCAGCAGUAUAAGGGGCCUGAAAUUCGUAUGAGCCAGCAGUAGAAGGGGCGCGAAAUUCGUAUGAGCCAGCAGUAUAAGGGGCCUGAAAUUCGUAUGAGCCAGCAGUAGAAGGGGCGCGAAAUUCGUAUGAGCCAGCAGUAUAAGGGGCGCGAAAUUCGUGAGCCAACAGUAUAAAGGGCCCGAAAUUCAGACAUACCAGCAGUAGAAGGGGCGCGAAAUUCGUAUAAGCCAGCAGUAGAUAGGCCACAAUUAGUCCACCGAAUUAGGAUGUUCUAGUAUAAUACGAGCUUCUUGCACCCCCACCCCAAAAAAGUUCUAACGUGUUAGUGGUCAACACUGUACUCGCACACAGAAUGGUCCACAGAGUGUGCAAAUCAGAAAACUGGAAACUCAACUUGAAGAAUAUUGCAAGAACAUAAACAGCACAUGGUAAUUUCUUGGGCACUGGUUGGAUGGUGUUUUUUUUUUCCCUUCCAAUACUUGCAUCAUUAUGAAUUUACUAUAGGGCGAUUUUCAAGAUUUGUUUCCAAUCUUCCAAGACAUUUAUGCUUGCAAGGGGUUCUAGGGACCAUUUGAUAAGCCAUAUAAUGACUGAGCAGCAUAUUUUGGAAAGGAAGGCUACUCUGUGACAACACAAAUAAGGGGUUAGAUAGUAGGCACAGAAUUACAAUAGCAACAUGAUAGCAGUUGGUAGAUGCUUUAUUAUUAAUUGUGUACAGAUUAACUGUUGAGUUUCUUCCAUGCAGCAAGAGGCCCAUGGCCACUGAUGUAUUUGGCAUGGACACCGUCAGGGAUGAGCUUGCCUUCAGCUCUCCACUGCUCGUAGAUGUCACGGUCAAAUUUGGUGAAACCCCACUUGCGAGACACAAACAACUAAAGAAAUAAAUAGGAACAUCAAUAUUAGCACUAGUGAAAUAUCAAUAAAUCAUCUUAGUAAGAGUACAAAGCAUUCCAAUUCAGACAUUUGUAUAGAAAUGUACAUUUACUCAAGUAAUAAAAAAACUUUGUAAAAAUUUCAAUUUUCAAACUCAAGGCGAUAUUGGAUUUACCAUAAUGGUAACCUAGUAAAAGCUACUCUAGUGGUGAUACUCUUCCAGCAACAAUUUUUCCUUCUUUAUUUAGGCUAAUAUGAAUGAGUGUACACAAUCAUUAGUCAUCAGAUCUGUUAUAAGUAAAUGCUACUGUAUAUGUUAUGUAUUUUCAAUUAAAAAAAACGCGGAACUGUCAACAUACAUACAUUAUUGACAAUGGUUUGGUGAUGAUGGAUAGAGAUCAAGAUAAAACUUCCUCAGUGAGAAAUAAAUAGAUAUAAAUCUUG